AUGGCCAUCCACAUGCAAGGACGGUGCGUCUGCGAGAAGCUGCAGUACUCGCUGCAGCUCGACACGCCCGACGACGCCCGCACCACGCUCUGCCACUGCCGCAGCUGCCGGCGCGCCUUCGGCACCAACUACGGCCUGACCGCGAAGGUGCCCGUCCAGGCGUUCAAGUACGAGAGCGGCUGCCCGAAGACGUACAAGCAGAAGAACGGGGUGACGAGGGAGUUUUGCGAUAGCUGCGGCGCGUAUAUCUGCGAAUAUGGGGAAGAGGCGGCCGACAAGUUCCGCUACAUCAUGUGGGGAUCGCUGGAUGAGCCGGAAAAGAUACCACCCAAGGGGGAGUUUUUCUGCAAGAACAGGCCCGCGUGGAUGCCCGAGAUACCAGGUCUGUUUCACAAGAAGGAAAUCAAGGAGUAG